UUGUGAAUAACAAUAAUGUGAUUACGAUUUUAGAAAUAAUAGGUAAUCAUAAUAAUUUUGCUAAUAUCACAUCAACUACACCUUUUACCUGGUAUUAUAAGUACUAAAUUAUUAUAAAUUUUCGUCGGCUGUUAACAAAAAUGAACUAAUCGACAAUCGAAGCGAUUGAUUAAACACCGUCCGAGUUGUGAAUUGACGCAGUUUCGUGUUCUGUGAUCGUAUUUUUCUCGACUUCGUUCCCGUCGAGUCUAGGCUUCCGGUACUCCAAUAGUCCAAUCGGUAGCGUUUGCAUUUUAGCGAUUUAUUUCGAUAAACAUGUAAUCUGCAAAGUCUCUGGUAUCUCGUUUUGUAAUUCUAUGAAGAAUGUCUUCGAUGCAUGAACAAAAACCUUCAAUUAACAAUGUUUUGGAUUUGUUGGCUCAACAGUUUAUUAUAAUUUCUGGUGGUAAAACCAAAGAGGGCUAUUCUAUUAUAUCAUUUCCUGAUAGUGGAAAUUUUGUUGAUUUACCUGACGAAGGCUAUGAAAAAUUAAUAUCUUAUAUUACUUCAGUUCCAUCAUUACAGGAAGCUGAUUUAGGUUUUGUUAUUGUUAUUGAUAGGCGUAAUGAUAAAUGGAGUUCAGUUAGAUGUGUUCUAUUACGUUUAGCAGAAUUCUUUCCUGGACUUAUACACAUAGUUUAUGUGAUCAGACCAAAUGGAUUUUUACAAAAAGCUAUAUCAGAAGUGAGCAAUAAGUUCUUUAAAGAGGAAUUUAAAUUUAAAGUUGUUAUAUGCAAUGUCAUUGAAGAAUUACAUGAUUAUGUAGAUAAUACUGAACUUACUAUUGAGCUUAGUGGUACUUUACCGUAUUUUCACCAACACUGGAUACAACAAAGAAUGGCUUUAGAAAAUUUUUCAAGUGAAACCAAUGAAGUUUCUUCAAUGCUAAAUGAAUUCACUGAACGUUUAGCAAAUGAUACAGUUGAUUUGCCUGACACUAAAGAACAAUCUGCUGAUCUAUUGUGUUGUCAUGCAGUUGAAUAUGGGAGAUUAAAAAAAUGUUUUGCAGAAGCUGUUAAAAAAGGUGAAAUUUUGUUGAUUGAUUUCAAACAAGAUACUGACACAUACCAUGGUACAAUACCAUCAACAGUUACUAAUGUUGCUGCAUUAGAAAGAUUAUUGGUACAAAUGGAAGAAACAGAAAAAGUAUUUGAUGAUUUUUGGGAACAGUUUUCUGGAAGACUAAAGCAGUGUUAUUCAUUGAGGGCUUUUGAAGAAAAUUUUAAUAUUGUUCAAAGUUCAUUAAAUGAAAAUUUGAAAAUUCUAUCUGAAAUGACUGAUGUUGGUGAUUCUGUUGAACGAGUUGAAGUAUUACUUGAAGAGUUGACUACAUUUCAAACAUCUAGUCAUGAAAAAAUAAAGCUGAGUGAAGAUUUAUUAAAUUGUGGCAAACAAUUAUUAGCUUCAAAACGGUUUAUUGUAUUGGAAAGUGUUCAACCAAAAUGUGACGAAGUUCAACGUCUUCUUCAAACAUUAAAUGAUCGUUUAGAAAAACGGCUGCAAACUUUAAAUAAAAGCUGUGAAUUACAGGCCAGAAUUCAAAAAGCUAGUGAAUGGUGUGCCAAAGGUGUUAUGAUUUUGGGCUCAGAACCAGCUGAAAAAUGUGUUAGUGCCGAACAAUCACUUGCGGAAUUAGAAGAGUUUAUGAGUAGUGCUCAUCACUUGAAAGUAGAAAGUCCUAGGGAAUUUUAUUCUUUAUUUGAAGAUACCAUAACACCUGAAACUAAACCUAUAGUCACACAAGUCCUUCAAAGACUUGAUGAUGUUACCACCAUGUGUGACAAACGUUUGGCAAGUCUUAAGCGUUACAUUAAUAAACCACGGCCUAUUCUAUCUGUUAAUCCUGAACCAGCCAUUCCUAUUAAUUUAGCUAAUAUGACUAAGAUUUCAAAUGGUAUAGAUGAAUGUGAUAGAGCUGUUCAAAAUGAAGAAAAUAAUGAUACCAAAACAAAACAUGUUCUCACUGAACUUUUAUAUACAGAACGACAAUAUACUGCUGAGUUAGGCUCUAUACUUAGAGGAUAUAAAGACCAAAUGGAAUUUCCAGAUAUGAAAAACUUAAUACCUGCAAGUUUAAAUGGUAAAAGUGAAGUUCUCUUUGGAAAUCUUGAAAGUAUUCAUAGCUUUCAUAAUCAAUUUUUUUUACCGGCUCUUGAAAGUUCAUCAAGUAUUGAAUCUGUCGCUGUCUGCUUUACAGAUAAUAGGGAGAAACUUCUUCAGCUUUAUACUUACUACUGUGUUAAUCUAACAAGGUCUGAAGAAUUAAGAGAAACAGUUGGAGAAGAUAAUCCUUUUUUUAAAGCAUGUCAAGAAAAGCUUGGACACCGUUUGCCUCUUGGUGCAUAUUUACUUUUGCCUAUGCAAAGGAUUACUAAAUAUCAACUUUUAUUAAAAGAACUAUUGCACAAUGAAAAAAAUCAAAAUUGUAUUAUCAAGUUACAAAAAGCUUUGGAUUGUAUGUUACUUGUUCUCAAUAAUGUUAAUGACAACAUGCAUCAAAUUGGCAUAACUGGGUUUUAUGGUGAUUGGAAUGAUUUGGGUGGUUUACUUUUACAAGGAUCAUUCUCUUUGUGGGUUGAAAACAAGAAAGAUUUAUUGAAAGAAUUAAGACUUAAGCCUAUGAGACGUCAAAUUUUUCUCUAUCAACAGGGAUUACUUUUAUGUAAAAAAGUAUCUAAAGAUAAUAAACCAACAUAUCAUUACAAGAAAUAUUUAAGGAUGUCGCACAUAGGAUUAACAGAAACUGUCAAAGGAGAUUUAUGCAAAUUUGAAGUAUGGUUAGAAGGGCGCCAGGAAAUUUAUACAAUUCAAGCAUCAAAUUUGCAGCAAAAACAACAAUGGGUUUCUGAAAUUAAACGUGUAUUACUUGAACAAUUAGCUGAACUGAAAGGAGAAAAAAUCAAGCAGUAUAUUAGUGCUUUUGGAAAACAUGUAAACUUACGUCAAACACAUUCCUUGGAUAACCAAAGUGAAACAGGAUCUAACCGUAGUAGACGUCCACUAAGUCAUCAUGAAACAACUGAUGAUGAUUCAUCUGACUAUAGUUUGACUGAUGACGAAUCCCUUGAUGGGACAAUUAAACAAAAAAUAACUGAUAGUUAUAUAUCAUUAGCUGAUUAUAAUGCACUUCGACCAACAGAUGCUACAUUAAAAAGAGGUGAUAAAGUAGAUCUUCUAAAAGCUGGUUCGAGUAGUUGGUGGUAUGUCAAAGUUCAUGGUUCUAAAACUGAAGGCUGGGUCCCAGCUGCACACUUAGAGAUUAAUGGUCGUAAAUCUUCUCAUAGUUCUCAAUCUGUUUGCAGUCAUGGGUCUGCGUCUACAGAAUAAGUCAUCCAUGUUUUUAUCUAAUCAAUAAGUAUUUUAUAUGUUCUACAUAAUUGUGAUAUUAAGUAUUUAUUUUGUUUAUUAUUAUUUAUUUAGUCUAAAUAAGACUACCAUUAGUUAUUAAUAAUUAAGUCCUAUUUUUACACGUUUAAAAUUAUAAUGUACUAGUGAGCAUGUCAUUUUUUGUGACAUAAAAUUAUUGUGAGCUUUCUUAGAAUUAGUUCAGGGAACAUUAAAAAGCUUUUGGUAUACAGAUUUUUAAGAUCAGAGUAUGUAUUAGAUGUAUCCGAACUUGAUUGUAUCUUGACCUAGAGUGUAGUGUUCAAAGUGAGAAAUUCAACAGUGUAAUAACUAAUAACCAUUCUUAGAUCAUAAUGUUAUAUGCUAACACUCUUUAUCAUGCCAUAAUCAAGCUCAGGCUCUACUCACAAUUUUAACCAGUACUUGAUUCAGUUGUUCUGUUACAUUAUUCCAAGUCAAUUUCAAUUAACACAACUUCAGAAAUUACAUUGUUCUAACUGUUAUGAAUAUAAAAAUUAGUUUAAAACCCAAUGGGCUUGUGAUUGAUAAUAAUAGAAAUUAACAUUUUUGAUACGUUUGUACUAUUCAUUAACCUCUUAUAAAUUUUGAUACCUCUAGCUCUUGGGCAUUAUUUUCCUGUUUUAGUUCCUCUAAUUCCUCGCGUGUUUUGUUGUAAAGUAUUUUAAACAUAGUUUUGUUAAGUAUAUCAAUGUUUAGAAAUGUUUUUUUUUUUUUUAAAUUGAUAAUGUGAUAGGUAAAUAUUAAAAAAUGUGAUUUUUUUUAUUUA